AUGGAGUUAUUUCAAGCCAAGGAUCAUUACAUUCUACAGAGCGGUGACAAUGCUCUGUGGUGUAGCAGAAAGGAUGGCUCUAUGAACGUCAGACCGGCCACUGACCUGCUACUCGCCUGGAACCCCGUGUGUUUGGGACUGGUGGAGGGCGUGAUUGGGAAGAUACAGCUUCACGCCGAUCUUCCUCUAGGACUCAUCCUCAUCCGACAGAAGGCGCUGGUUGGCCUAUUGCCAGUAGACCACAAAGUCUACAAGAUCACAAAAAUAGCCGUCAUUCCCCUGUCCGACGACGAACCCCAGGACCUGGAACUCGAGCUCUGUAAGAAACACCACUUUGGGAUUAACAAACCAGAGAAGAUCACCCAGUCUCCAGAUGAUUCCAAGUUUCUCCUGAAGACGCUGAGUCAGAUCAAGUCUAACGUUGCUGUGCCCAUCAAGAAAAAGGUGAAGGAGAAUAAGGAGAAGGAGCGGCUGGAGAGGAGACUCCUGGAUGAGCUCUAUAAGAUUUUCAUGGACUCCGACUCCUUUUACUACAGUAUGACUUAUGAUCUAACCAACACGGUGCAGAGACAGGGAGCUGCAGGCCACUCAGAUCUGCCACUAUGGAAACAGGUGGAUGACAGAUUCUUCUGGAACAAAUACAUGAUACAGGAGGUGCUUGACCUGCAGGUACCUCAGGUGGACUUCUGGGUGAUCCCCAUCAUCCAGGGCUUCGUGCAGGUGGAGGAGCUGGUGGUGAAUUACAAUGAGAGCUCAGACGAGGAGCGGAGCAGUCCGGAGAGCCCCCUGCAGGAGCGCACCUGUGUGGACGACAUUCACCCUCGCUUCACCGUGGCCCUCAUCUCUCGACGCAGCCGGCACCGCGCCGGAAUGCGGUACAAACGCAGGGGGGUGGAUACGGAGGGCCACGUGGCCAAUUACGUGGAGACGGAGCAGCUCAUUCACGUGCACAGUCACACUCUGUCCUUCGUCCAGACCCGCGGGUCGGUGCCUGUGUUCUGGAGCCAGGCCGGGUACCGCUACAACCCACGACCUCGCCUGGAGAAAGGAGAAAAGGAAACUGCAACCUACUUUGCUUCUCACUUUGAACAACAGCUGAAGAUCUACCAGAAACAGGUCAUCAUUAACUUAGUGGACCAAAAUGGGCGUGAGAAGAUGAUUGGUGAUGCAUACCUCAAACAAGUGCUGCUUUACAACAACCCAAACCUCACAUAUGUCUCCUUUGAUUUCCACGAGCACUGUCGUGGAAUGAAGUUUGAGAACGUACAGACAUUAACUGACGCCAUCUCUGACAUCAUCACAGACAUGAAAUGGGCAUGGGUGGACCAGGCGGGUGUCAUCUGUCAGCAGGAGGGUGUUUUUAGGGUUAACUGCAUGGACUGCCUGGACAGGACCAACGUGGUUCAGGCUGCGAUCGCUCGUGUGGUGAUGGAACAGCAGCUGAAAAAACUGGGCGUGAUGCCCCCUGAGCAGCCGCUGCCGCUGAAGUGUUACAGAAUCUACCAAGUCAUGUGGGCCAACAACGGUGACACCAUCAGCCGCCAGUACGCCGGCACAGCUGCCCUGAAGGGAGAUUUCACACGGACUGGAGAGAGAAAACUGGCCGGCGUGAUGAAAGAUGGAGUCAACUCAGCGAAUCGUUAUUACCUAAACCGUUUCCGUGACGCAUACAGACAGGCCGUCAUCGAUCUUAUGAUGGGUCUGCCCGUGACGGAGGAUCUGUACUCCAUCUUCAGUAAAGAGAAGGAGCACGAGGAGAAGGAGAAGGAGAGCCAGAGAGGAGCACAGGAGCAGGUCAGCCUCCUGCUGCAGACGUACAAGCAGCUCCUGUUGCCUGACGAUGAGAUGUUCCAUGGAGGCUGGGCCCUGAUCGACUGUGACCCCAGUUUAUUUACCACUUUGGCUCAAAGUCUUAUUGACGCCACCCAUAAAGACGUGGAUGUCCUUCUGCUCCUGUCCAACAGCGCCUAUUACGUGGCCUAUUACGAUGAGGAGGCAGAUAAAGUGAACCAGUACCAGCGACUGGGCUUAGAGGGUUUGGAAAAGAUUGAAAUCGGUCCAGAGCCCACUCUGUUUGGAAAGCCCAAGUACUGCUGCAUGCGUCUCCAUUACAGGAAUGAGGAGACCAGUGGUUAUUUCCACACGCUGAGGGCCGUCACUCGUAACCCUGACGACGACGGGAAAGACACACUACAGUGCAUCGCAGAGAUGCUUCGUAUCACUAAGGAGGCCAUGGGGCUGGAGCUGCCUGUCAUUGAGAAGAAACUGGACAGGAGACACAGCAAACCUCACGAGGACAUUAUGGGCAUACAGAACAAAGCUGCGGACCAGGUUCUCGGUUCUGGACUGGCUCAGGGCAAAAGUUUCCUCAUGAACAAAUUUUCGUCCCUCAAUCAGAAGGUAAAGCAGACAAAGACCAAUGUCAACAUCGCCAACUUCAAGCCCUUAGGAAGACUUGGAACCUUCUCCAAACCUGACGUGAAAGUGAAUUUUCUGAAGCCCAACAUGCACGUGACCUUGUGGAAGUCGGACAGCAGUUUAGAGACUUCGGACGGCAAUCCGGGGACCAAGGACAUUUGUGACAACCGCGACGACCUGGAAAACUCAUCGGACUCAGAUUCCUAUAACUCCGACGAGCAGCCGUGUUCUGGCUCCCUGGAGAACGUAGAUUAUGUGCUUCCCAGUUGUGGCAUCGUGGCCUCUGCUCCGCGGCUCGGCAGUCGGUCCCAGUCCAUUGGCAGCGUCGAGCUGGCCGUUCCCGCCGUUGUCCGCGUCACGGGGUCGGAAAGCAAGCCCGAGGACACCGGUUCGGUCGGCCCAGACGGCCAGUCCCCUGGGGCGGCCUCGGAGGCCGAAGAGGCCAUCCUGAUCGACUUUGGCACGCCCGUCGACGCCUACUGCCACAGGUUUGUCCAGGACGCCCAGACUAAACCAGUGGAAGUGUUUGAGGAGCGUCCAGUAGCAUCAACGAACCCACAGACAUCCGAAGGCACCAAGGGCCCUGCCGUUUCAGAGAAAGUUCCAGACUCCACAAAUUCCCAUCAGCAGCAGCUCCCUCGGCCGUCCCAGCUGGACGUGGAGCCGUCCACGGGAAAUCUUCUGUCCGUACAGCCCCCCGGGUCGGCGGCGUCCUGCGGUUCCCAGAAGAGCCUGGGCUCGCAGGCGGAGGGCAGUCUGGGACCCUCCCCGGCCGACGGCAACGGGAGCCGCGUGGUUUCGCCGUUUGCCAAAAUCAAGAGCUCCAUGGUCCAGGUGGCAAGUCUCACGCAGGCCGGACUCACCCAGGGCAUCAACUACGCCGUAGCCAAGGUCGGGAAGAGCCCGGAGCCGGAGACCGUCAACGAGGCCCAAGAGAACGAGCUCCGUGCCAUGUUUACGCAGUGUCAGACCAGGAUCAUCCAGAUCUAGAGCGUCGGACCGGCCCGUUCUGCGCCCGUUCUGUUCGUCGUGUAUUGUGCCUCCCACCGCGG